AUGGAGGUUUGGUUCUACCGUGCAUUUUUACGGGGAUGGGUGGGGACUUUUGACAGCGUAGUCGUAUUUGAUCGAGAUAGCUAUAUUGUCAUGGAGAUAGGGCCUUUUAGCCGCCUCGUCAUAAUUGAGCACGAGAGCUUUCGUCGCGGGAAGCGAGGCCCACAUCUUGGUGCAAGCUUGUUUAUCAACGGACAUAAUGUAGCAUCCUUAAACAGGCCAGCUGUCACAGCACCACAUAACAACUUUCCAGGCAUACCUCAGCCAUUGUGUUUCGGACUUUGUGGCGCUAAACCAGGAUCUGGGCCGUCAAACCUUACCGUUGGAAAUAUUGCUGUUGCAGGCGCUAAUGUCGCGACAAUGGCAAAGAACUUUCUUCUUGGUUUGCUAGGAUUGCCAAUGUUGAAUCUUUUGACACCACAAGCAACAACUUCAACUCCUUUGAAGACCACUGUAGCCACAAAAGUAUCUUCAACAACUUCCCAUCAUGGCGGUUUUACACUUGCACCCACAUCAACUCCACCCGCCACAGCUACCGCAGCUGUAGCAAACGUCCUUAUUAGACGCCGCGUUCACGCAGCGUCUAGUAGAUAUUCAUUUGUCUACUGA